AUGAACGCCGCCUUGUAUACGACUGGAACCUCCUCCUUCACCGCCUCCGCCACCAUCCCGCCGAUUACCGCCUCGAUCAAGAGCAGCGGCAAAUCAUCACGAGUUCAUGCCGCCGCGGCGAACCACCACCACCAGCAGGAAUGUAAUUAUAAUUCCCUACGUUCAUUGAUUCUGAACGUGGCUGACGACUUCAUCAACACGUUCAUCGACCCUCCCAGCAGCCACCGCCCUUCCACCGACCCGCGAUUCGUCCUCUCCGGCAACUUCUCCCCCGUCGUCGACGAGCUCCCACCCACCGAGUGCCACGUCAUCCACGGCUCCCUCCCUCCUUGCCUCGACGGGGCCUACAUCCGCAACGGGCCCAACCCACAACACCACCCUCGUGGGCCUUACCAUUUCUUCGAUGGGGAUGGCAUGCUCCACGCGCUCACCAUCUCACGCGCCCACCCGCCCACGCUCUGCAGCCGCUAUGUCAAGACCUACAAGUACUUGACGGAACGCGCCGCUGGGGCUACUUUGAUCCCCAAUAUCUUCUCCGGCUUCAACGGCUUCCCCGCCGCUGCGGCCCGCUCUAUCCUCGCCGCCGCUAGAAUUCUCGCCGGCCAAUUCGACCCGGGAAAUGGAAUUGGCGUCGCCAACACCAGCCUCGCCUUCUUCGACGACCGCCUAUUCGCCCUCGGCGAGUCCGAUCUCCCUUAUGCCGUCCGACUGACGGAGGACGGCGACAUCGAGACGCUCGGCCGCCACGAUUUCGACGGCGGCCUGGCGCUGACCAUGACGGCGCACCCGAAGACCGAUCUCCAAACUGGCGAGACGUUCGCCUUCCGGUACUGUCACGCGUGGCGGCCGUAUCUGACCUACUUUAGAUUCGACGCCGGCGUCGGCGGGAGAAAGCAACCCGACGUGCCGAUAUUUUCCCUUUCCCGGCCUUCGUUGAUCCACGAUUUCGUGAUCACGAAGAAAUACGCCGUGUUUGUAGACAUUCAGAUCGCGAUGCAGGGUCCGAUGGAGAUGGUUUUCGGAUCCGGGUCGCCCGUCGGGGUCGACCCGAAGAAAACUCCCCGGGUCGGGUUGAUUCCCCGGUACGCGGCGGAUGAUUCGGAAAUGAGGUGGUUCGACGUCAUCGGGUUCAACCCGUUCCACUCGAUCAACGCGUGGGACGAGGAAGGAGGCGGAGACGUUGUCGUUUUGCUGGCCACGAACAUCAUGUCGGUGGAGCACGCGCUGGAGACGUCGUCGGAGCAUAUCCAUGGAUUGGUGGAAAAGGUGCGGAUCGAUUUGAACGCGGGGACGGUUUCCCGGGUCCCGGUUUCAACCCGGAACCUGGACUUUGGGGUGGUUAACCCGGGUUACGUGGGGAGGAAGAACCGGUUCGUGUACGCUGGAGUGGGGGACCCGCUGCCGAAGAUAUCGGGGGUGGUGAAGCUGGACGUCGGGGACGAAAUGGGGAGGGGGGAGAACACGGUGGCGUGCAGGAUGUUCGGGUCGGGUUGCUUUGGCGGGGAACCGUUUUUCGUGGCGAAGAACCCGAAGGAUACGAACGGGGAGGAAGACGACGGGUACGUGGUGACGUACGUUCACGACGAGAAAAAUGGGGCGUCGAGGUUUUUGGUGAUGGAUGCUCAGUCGCCGGAGCUUGAGAUUGUGGCAGCGGUGAAGCUGCCGCGGCGGAUUCCGUACGGGCUCCAUGGGCUGUUCUUGAGGGAGAGUGACGUCCGCAGGGCAGGCAGACCCUAA